AUGGACGUAGAGACUAGCAUUCAAGUAGCCGACUAUGUUGUAUGUGUUGUUGUCUUGUUGAUUCCUAUGGCCAUCGGGAUUUUGUUCGCUGUUAAAGACGCAAAGAAGGCGACCAGAGAGGAAUAUUUGUUUGGAGGAAGACGGAUGUCCCUAGGACCUGUGGCGUUGUCACUUUUUGCUACAUACAGUUCGGCUGUUUCUUUAAUCGGCACCACUGCAGACAUGUUCACCUACGGCGCUAUGGUAACCGUCUCGUAUGUUGGAUUUUCUCUCUGUUACGUCAUCGGCCUAUACACCAUUGUGCCGCUGUUCUAUUCGCUACAACUGACAAGUAUCUAUGAGUACUUCGAGUUGAGGUUCCACUCACGUACAGUGAGGAUGUCAGCACUGACCGUUGGUAUGUUACAGACCAUCUGCUACAUGGCUGUAGCUCUCUACAGUCCAGCUCUAGGGCUACAGACAACAGCGAACAUUCCAUUAUGGAUGUCUAUUGUUAUUGUUGGCAUCAUCGGCACCGUGUACUCAGCUCUGGGUGGUAUCAAGAGCGUUGUCUGGGCGGACGCUUUUCAAUGUUUCGUCAUGUUUGGUGGGGCUCUUCCUAUCAUUAUCGUGGGUAUAAAAACAGCUGGUGGGUGGUCAGAGGCGUGGCCACUAGCUGUAAAAGGUGGAAGAGUUACUUUUGAUUCCUUCGACAUUGAUCCAAGAGAAAGACAUACCUGGUGGGGCACAGUUAUUGGUUGCGCCUUCUUGUGGCUAGGAAAUACAUUUAACCAGUCAACCAUCCAAAGAUUGUGUGCCAUGAAGACAAUGAGAGACGCCAAGCUUUCUUUUAUUCUAAACGUCCCAAUUAUUUUGUUUUUCGGCGUUUUAUUGUAUUUUGUUGGCUUUGGAGUUUACGUGUAUUUCACGGCCAUACGAUGUGAUCCUUUCUCAAGCGGUUUAAUCAGCAACAGAAACCAACUUCUGCCAUUCUCUGUGAUGCACGCUCUAAAAGACAUGCCUGGGUUGGCUGGUCUUUUCAUGGCCACACUAUUCAGUGCUUCUCUAAGUACUAUAUCAUCAGGUAUCAGCGCCUUAGCAGCAAACACAGUCGAAGAUAUUUUAAAGAAUUUUCUAAGAGGUUUUAAGGAAAGCAGGAUAACAUUGUUUACCAAGCUGCUCGUCUGUGUGUAUGGAUUGUUAAUAAUAGGCCUGGCGUAUUUAGCUAAUUCCGUGAAAGGACCUGUGUCCCAAAUGGUGGGAUCAAUUUUAGGGGCCUGUGGGGGUCCUAUGUUUGGGGUGUUUAUACUUGGGGCGUGCAUCCCCUGGAGCAACAAGUACGGUGCCUUAGGUGGAGGUGGGCUGGCUCUUGUUUUCAACGUGUGGUUGGCCAUUACAGGACAGAUGUAUGGGAGGAAAAGCCGACCUUUGAUCCCACCACCUGCAGAUAACUGUUACACAAACGGCUCUAUGUGGCUGCCCAAUAACACUUUUUACUUGAGUAACGUGACAGUUACACCUCAAGCAGUCAACACCAUCACAGUUAAUAAAGACCCAUACAGUUUUGGCUUCUUUUUACACGAUAUUUCCUACACAUGGUAUGGUUUUAUUGGAUGCUUUGUUGCCUUCACCUCUGGUGCUCUCAUUAGCUUUUGUUUUAGGAACUACGACCACACCAAGACUGACCCACGAUUAAUGGUGCCAAUAUUUCGUAAGCCUUUGUUCUCUCUGAAACCCAAACCCAAAAUAUACUUAAAAGACAACUCAGGUUUGAUUAGCACUGAUGAAAAAGAGAUGUUUGAUACUCACCCAACUCGAACAGAAUUCUAAACGUCAGAACCGAAUUCCUGUUGGUCAUUCGGUGCUUUCAAAUUUAGAUGUAUUCAGACGCCAAUUUGAAAUUAACUAAAAGAAACAUUUGGUUUGAAAUUUAUCAGAUUUAAUCAGAUAUUUCUACGUUUGUCAUUUUUUCCGGCUUCUAUCUUCCGAUCGGCCUAUUGUGUUGUAGAUGUUUGGUGGGGUUCGGAAGUAUAUUUAGGAUGACAAGGCAUUAGAACGGAAGGAGAGAUG